AUGAAGCACCCUUACCAGCAGGUGGCGAUCACCAAAAGUGGCCACUUGGCGGCGACGUGCACCAACCACGUGUACGUGUUUGACCAGACCCUGGGUGCCCGCGUUGGCCAGUGGACCGACCCGAUUGACCGUCAGCUGGCGCUUAAAGCCAAAGUGGCCGCUGAGGGUAAAACCACCAAAGUGGCCGAGCCGGGAGAUAAUGCCCCCGUCGCCUACGACAUUGUUCGUAUUCUCGAUACCACUGCCACCCAAUUAUUGACGGCUACCGACCUGGAUAAAGCGGUGGAGUUGUUUAAUUUUAAGGAAAAUGAACUCGACUUGAUCCGCCGCCAGCCGUGUCCUAAACGUCCCAGCGCCGGUGCGUUCGUCACUGACAACGAAGUGGUGGUGGCGGAUAAAUUUGGUGACGUUUACGUGGUGGAUAGCGGCAAGGAGAUCGCCGACCCCAAGAAGAUGGAACCGGUGCUUGGCCACGUCCUGCUUCUAAACCUGGUGGUGAUGGCGGAACACGACGGCAAGAAAUACAUUAUUACUGGUGACAGAGACGAACACGUCCGCGUGCUGCACUACCCGCAGCUGUUUGUGAUUAAGCACUGGCUCUUUGGCCACUCCGAGUUUGUCGCUGCCCUCCACAUCCCCCAACUGAACCCGGAAUUAUUGUUUAGUGCUGGUGGCGACGACUACGUGUGUGUGUGGAAGUGGUUUGAUAACGAAUUAGUGACCAAGAUCGACGUGGCGCUGCAAAUUAAACCCUACUUGGGUGAGGCUCACUUGCCGGCAGAGCGCUUCCGCACGCCGGAACUGGUGCCGGAAAUGGUGGUGACGCGCCUCCAACUGUACCACCAGCAGUUAUUUGUCCUUGUCGAACAGACCCCCGUGGUGCUUGUCUACAAUUUCGAUGGUUCGUUUAGCCACAUGAUCGAGGCUCUGGCUCUGAUCACUGAUUUCGCCGUCGACCCCGCUUCCGGCACCGUCUACGCUGCUGUCGACACCGACGAAACUCCCCUUAUCGAAGGGUUCACCGCCACCGGCGACAAGGUCACCGUUCCCGAGUUUAGCCACGACGUCGACAUCGAGCUGAGACUGGAUGUCUACCCGUUGUACCCGCAAAAAGUGCUCCGCAAACACGGCGAGUACUAA